AUGCCCCGAUGGGGAAGACCACCGCGGGCACGAGUGGGGAGACAAACCAGGAGACGUGCGGCUCCGUGGGUGGAUGGGAGCUCAAGGGUUGAGGAGCUUGACAGCGAGGAGGACGAUAUAUACAGUCGCCAAGAUAUGCGCAUAUCGCAGGCAAGGCAGGCAGCGGAUCGGGAGAUCACUGGAGGAUCGAUGCGACGGAGGCGAAUGGUAGAGUUUGACGCGGUCUACGAAGACGAAAUGGCAUCUGUCGAUGAGAUGGACUACGACCUACAGGAUAGCAUGGACAGCACGGUGGCUUAUGCAGUGCAGUUAGCCAUGAAGGACAAGGAGGAGCGACUAGUAGAUCAGGCUCUCGACCGGAUACGACGCGCGCAGGUACAGGGCCAGAAGAACGUGCGUUUAUCGAAGCGGGAGCUAGAGGCGAUCGAACGCAUGCGGACCGGAUCGAGAAGCAGAACCGAGCAAGAACCCCGUGCCAGCGCGUUGGAAGGGACGUCCUUUGACAAUCGAUACUUGAAACCUCCUGAAAGUUCCAGCCAACGAGCUACAGGGGAGGCACCUCGUGGUGGUGGUCCCUAUGUGUCAUCCUCCCCCAGAAAGCACAGCGUGCCGUCUCCCCUUGCAGAAAACAACAGUGCCUAUGCCUUUUGGGCGCGCACUUCGGGUGCUUCUCUCGACCCCGAAGCCUCACCCCGAUCGCCAUCUUCUCGCUCACAAUCCAGUCAUACGCCCCCUCGAUCUCCACUUCAGCCAGCUUACUCACUGGAGCCUUUACCAUCAGUACCUCUUGUUCACAAUCCUGGAUCUAUGCGGAGACCGGCCUUCACGCGCCCUCUUCACGACGAGACCCAAUGGAGACCCUCCCAUCGGCCCCCUCAUCCUAUAAAUUCCCCGCCGUACCCGCUAGAUCCUCGACGCGAUUCGGUUGGCCAUUCAGGAAAGACAUCGAUAACUAGCUAUCGGAACAUUUUUGACGAUCGUCCUAACAGCGCACGGAGUGCGACUAUGGGGCAAGGGCGGCCGAGGAGGGUGACGGAGAAAUACCCCCGAGAGGAUGGAGGGAAUCGAAGCAGUGGAUUGGAGGACAGUAGCGAUGAAGUGCAUAUGGUAGACGUGUUGGAGCGGCGAGUGCCGCUUGGCAUGCCAACGCGGGUGCCAGUUGGGCGAGGAAGUUAUCAUCGCGGCAGUCGUCCUUGA